GGUUCUUCUCUGUUUCCUUUCUCUUCCUUCUUUGCUUCUCCUUAGCAGAGAAGGGAGGAGAAGAGAAGCGACCCAUUUGCAAUACCUUUAUGUUUGUGAUCUUUUGUUCUGCUCUGGUGAAUUAGAGAUCGUUCUUGUUCAAGUCAAGAUGAUGGUUGCAAACAGUUUUGAUUUAUGGCAGAAAGACGUUUUCUUUUCUGCAGCCGAGGAGGUUCAGGAAUCUGCUGAUAUAAUGGAAUCAGCAUACAGGAUGUGGGUAAAAGAAAGAAAACAAGGGCUGACUACAACAGAUUCUGCUGAACGCUGUAGAGAGCUUCAAGCUGCAUUAGGUACUGCAAAAUGGCAGUUGGAAGAGUUUGAGAGGGGUACACGGUUGAGCCAUGGACAUCAGUACGAUGAUAUUACAGCAGCUAGGCACAAGCAGUUUAUUGCAGCAAUUGAGCACCAGAUUUCUCGUGUGGAAGCUGCAUUGGAGGAAGCUUUUAUUGAGGAGGGAAAGCAACCUUUUCGUUGGGUAAAUUUGGAUGAAGAAGAACGGGAUGAUCUAGCAAUGUUUCUCUCCGGAACAUCCCCAAGCUUCCAACCUUCUGCAAAAGGCACUCAUUUGGAGAGUUGUCACAAGGGAAAGGAUGCAGAUUAUGACACUAGUGCUGUCUGUAAUGGAGAUAUUUUGGAAAUGGAAAAUUAUAUUGGUGCUGACUGUAUCAUAGAAGUAAAAGAUGAGGGAAGUUCUAUAAGGAUUGAUAAUAUAUCCUGUCAAUUAGAAAAAGCAACUGGUACAAGGAGAAUAUGGAGUUCACCAAAUUUUGAUUCUUUGAAGAUUGUAAUUGAUGAUAAAUAUGAAGAUAGGGAUGAAGUGACAGAAGGUAUUGAGGGCACACCUAAAGGAAAAUGUUCAAAGCCUUUCUUUUGGAAACAAAGAUGUCGAGAACAUUCUCAGACCAAGGGGGCACUCAAUUUAUUAAAUCAGGUGAGGUUAUUAUCUGGAUUGAGAAAUCAGGUCAAUUUAUAUCAUCCAAGGGCCUUUGCCUUCUAGUCUUCUUGAUAGAGAUGCAAUAGCAAGGGCUAUUUAAACAGGAAGAAGGGUGCAUGGUUUACAUCUUUUAUGCUCACUACUUGUGUUACGACUGUGCUGUGUUUCUUUUAUGAUGAUGUGUGUUGACCUUCUACAGACAUUUGGCCAUGUUGGUGGGUCGCAAAGACAAUUACAAAGUCCAGUGCAUCUGCAGUUGAGGUGUUCCCUUCAAUUUACACUUGCUUUGAUGAUAGCUAUUUUUUUAAUUGUGCCUUUUGUGAUUCAUUUAAGUUGAGAGCAAGGAAUUGCUAACUGUAGUGGGUGAAAAAAAGAGGCAUGUGAGCCUUUUUGCACGGACCAGGAAUCCCUCUCCAACUGCAAUGCUUAUGAUUCCAAACUUCGUCUCUUCAGUAUCUUGGAGGAGGCAAGACUGACUGUUAGAUCCACAGGGAGCUAGCUUGCAACAGAAGUUCGGGGUCAUUAUAGCUUUCCUUUUCCACACAAGGUGGAAACUGUAAAUUGCAUUCUUACAUUGUAAGACAUAUGUUGCUAGAAUGUUUGGUUGUAUAGACAAUCCUAGGCAUCAAACAAGUAAAUAUGUCCGACUCGACAAGGAUUGUACUGCACCAACAGGGUCAUGGACCUGGCCUGCCAUUUGUAAAGAGGUCUGACCUUGCUUCUGCAAUAACAUUGAAUAGCUUGUUUUCAAUUA